CCCGCGCGCACUGGAACAAAUCAAUAACGGGCCACUGGAGGCGGCAGGUGCAGCGCGGAAUCAAGGUUGCUCCAAAUUCCUCAGUCUUUGACUACCUAGGGACAUGGAGGGCAUUUGUUUCGAGGUCAAACCCAGAAAUUACCCAAUCAAAGAUCACCCUCUCUGCGCUCUCACACAAUCACUUCAUGGAUCGGAGGAUAAGAGACAGAGGGAGCAAGAGGAAGAGGAGAUUCAGUACAGCCUUACUCUGGUUGGCUCAUUGGCCAUCCAUCCAUUGACCACCAUGGCCAUGCUCCCCUGGGUAGUGGCUGAGAUACAGAGACCCCAACUGGCAGAGAAGAAAAAAAGCCCUGAAUUCAAUGGAGCUCACUCUCUAGAGGUUCGAGAUCAGCCUGUGGUGCUGCAGAUUUCAGCCAACUCAGUGCGCUGCAUUCUGGACACUACAGGCUCAGGAAAGCCAUGGGACCCACUGCAACAAAUGGUUCUGUUUGAUCACAGGCCUCAUCUUAUCACCAAACUCAUUCACAACAGCCAGGAACCCAGCUAUUUCGGCUGUCUGCUCAGAGAGAAGACAGCAGCCUGCUAUGUGUUCCGCUGUCAGGACCAGCUGCAGGUUCCAGAGAUUAUCAGCACUCUCAGGCAAGCUGGCAAAAGUUCUGCCCGACAAGAAGACACUCCCUCAUCACAGCCUAGCAACAGUCAGACAGAUGCCUCCUCGGCAAUGACGGCUGAUGCAGCAACAGCUUUUGCUAAGAGGUUUGAAGUGUUGUUCUGUGGGCGAGUGGUGGUGGCCCAUAAGAAAGCUCCACCCGCAUUAAUAGAUGAGUGUAUCGAGAAGUUUGGACGUGUCAGCGUCACUGGCUCACUUGCAGCAGGCAUCAGACGGGCGCUCUCGCUCACACAGGUGACAAAUCUAGCAAACGAGGGAGCAGAUGGAGGAGGAAAGCGACCUCUAUUUUUUAAAAGAGAUCCGAGUUUUCCAUCACUCCAGGGGCUGGAUGAGAAUGGUCUCUCACCAGAGCUUCAGCGACGGGCUGCUGAUGGAGCUACUGGUGUCCAACCCACUAGCCUACAGGAGAACAGAACCAUGUUGUUCACUAUUGGACGCUCACAGAUCUUUCUUGUGAGUCCUGACACUAAGAAAGUGGCUAUAGAGAAGAGCUUCAGAGAGAUCUCCUUCUGUUCACAGGGUAUUCGGCACGUUGACCACUUUGGCUUCAUAUGCAGGGAGUCGGUGGAGUGUGGAGGCUGCCAGUUUGUCUGCUAUGUUUUCCAGUGCACAAACGAAGCUCUGGUGGAUGAGAUCAUGUUGACUUUGAAACAGGCAUUCUCUGUGGCCGCCCUCCAGCAGAACAGUAGGACCCAGAGUCAGCACUGUGACAGCUGUCCCCUUCAGCAGCUGCACAAACUAUGUGAUGGAAUAGAGGGUCUUCAUCCAUCCAAUGCUAAGCUGGAACUCCAGAGGCAUUUGGCAGGUCUGGACAAUCAGGAGCAGGCAGCUGUGUUUGAGAGCACCAUGAAAGCCAGGCCUAAGUCAGAUCAGGAAGAGAAUGAGUUGAUUGUGUCAUGUCUAAGAAGACUGUAUGAGGAGAGACAAAAGACACACACCCACACACACAACGGACAAACAAAAAAGGCUGCUCCGGAGGUUUGUGUGAAUGCAGAAGGCAGUGUGAAUUCCAGUCGUGUGCGUCUGGAGGAGUUCAAGACUAGGGCAAAGAGAUCGCUAACUGAAUCACUGGAGGGGAUCUGGAAGGGCAGCAGUAAGUCCAAAUCUCAGAGGGACAACAGUGAAGGAGAGAGCAACUCUUCCAGCUCCACCACAGUAAACAGCACAAACCAGGAAACAUCAUUGGAGGAGCCCCUCUGUUCUCUCCUUCCCCCCUCCAGUCCACUCCGCUCCCAUAAUUCAACGGGGGACCUGAAGUGUCUAGAAGGCUCUCUCGGAGGUCACGAGGGUCCUGAGAGUCCACCUCAGGGUUUCAGGAGACGCGCAAGCACAAUUAGUCACUCUCCCACGCUGUCAUCCUCUGAACCAAGCCUCCCCCCUCUACAGCCUAGUGCUGCCACCAAGCCCAAACUGGUCCGACACUACUCUGUCAGCACAGACUCCCCACACCAGAGCAAUCCUUCCUCCUUUCCGGUCUCUUCCUCUUCUCUGUGUCAUCGGCCGAUGAGACCUUGUGCUUUUGCUCUCGAUCAUUCCGCACUGCCACUCAGGAGGAGUCCAUCAGGGCUGAGUGGGUUUAGAGCGAGAUUUCACUCCUCCUCCUCUGUUCCAAAUUUCCUCAAAUUUUUGGCCCCUGUUGUGGAGAGUGAUGAUACCUGUGAUUUUCAGAUGAAUAGUGAUGUGGCAGCACUGUCCAGUCCUGGAGUAGUAUGUUUUGUUGGGGAUGAAAGUCCGUUACUAAGCCGAAGACACUCCUGGAGACAACAGAUCUUCUUAAGAGUAGCCACACCUCAGAAGGGCUCAGACACCAAAGAAUCCACCUUGGAGGUUGGCAGCAGGAUGGCACUUGGUGGUGGAGUAGGGGGCGGGGACAGUUCUCUGGGGGUGGUGCCAGAGGAGAGGAGAAAGAGGAGUGGGGCGGAGCUAAGAGAGUUAUGGCAGAAAGCCAUUCUUCAACAGAUCUUACUGCUGCGGAUGGAAAGAGAGAAUCAGAAACUACAGGCAUCGGAGAGCGAUCUCCAGUGCAGGCGACAAAAGCUGGACUAUGACGAGAUCACUCUGUGUCUAAAAGACGUCACUCUGGUUUGGGAAAGAAUGCUCAGCACAACUGGGAGGUCUAAGGUCAAAUUUGAGACGGAGGAGAUUCGUAGAGCAGUAGGACAAGGUGUUCCACGUCAGCAUCGUGGAGAAAUCUGGAAGUUUCUUUCAGAGCAGUAUUUGCUGAGGCAGGAGGUGCCCACUGCCAAACCUCCUAAUAAUGACACUCCUUACAAAGAGCUUCUGAAACAGCUCACAACCCAACAACAUGCCAUCCUCAUCGACUUGGGACGUACGUUUCCCACUCAUCCAUAUUUCAGCGCUCAGUUGGGGGCUGGUCAGCUGUCCCUGUAUAACCUGCUGAAGGCAUAUUCUCUGCUGGACCCAGAGGUGGGCUACUGCCAGGGUCUGAGUUUUGUGGCUGGUGUGCUGUUGCUCCAUAUGAGUGAAGAAGAUGCCUUCCACAUGCUUAAGUUCCUCAUGUAUGACAUGGGCCUGCGGAAACAGUACAGGCCUGAUAUGAUCAUACUGCAGAUUCAGAUGUAUCAGCUGUCCCGUCUAUUGCAUGACUAUCACAGGGAGCUUCACACUCAUCUUGAGCUGUACGAAAUCGGCCCCAGUCUCUACGCCGCACCCUGGUUCCUCACUGCCUUCGCCUCACACUUCCCACUGGGAUUCGUGGCCCGAGUGUUCGACAUGCUUUUUCUCCAGGGAUCAGAGGUGAUCUUCAAGGUGACCUUGAGUCUUCUUGGCAGCCACAAGCCUCUGAUUCUUCAACAUGACAAUCUGGAGUCUAUUGUUGAGUUCAUCAAAACAACAUUACCCAACCUUGGCCUUGUGCAAAUGGAAAAGACAAUCAAUCAGGUGUUUGAGAUGGAUAUCAGUAAGCAGCUGCAGGCCUAUGAGGUGGAAUAUCACGUUCUUCAGGACGAGCUCUUAGAUGGUCCAUCUACCCUCAGCCAAUCACAGCGAGUCGCACAGUUGGAGAAGACCAAUGGAUGUCUCCGGCAGCAAAACUUGGAUCUACUAGAGGAGCUACAGGCUGCCAAUGCUAAGAGCCGAUGGCUGGAGACUCGUGUGGUGGGCCUGGUGAGUCGAGAGGCUGAGCUGCAGUUGGAGGUAAAGACUCUGCAGCAGGAACGGGCAGAGCUACAACAGACUUUAUCCAACCUGAGAGCACUCUACAGCAGUCUAGACAGUAACAGCCCCUGUCCUGCUCUGGAAAACCUUAAUAACACAAGUACCAACCAGUAACCGUGCCAGUGGGGAUAUGGAGUCUAGUCUUCAUAAACAGUCAACUGUCAUCACGAGGGCCUGGGAAGUCUGUCAUUAAGCUCUUCGUCUUGGAGUAUUGUAGACAUCGGCUCUGUCUCUGUUAAUCCUCCCACCCUAUUGGUCCUGCCAUCCUCUAGACUAGCCAUCUUAGAGGAGGAGGACAGUGUGGGAUUUUCAGGACUUGUCUCCACUGAAGUUCCUUCACCUCAGUGCUCAUUUGGAGAGCUAACAGGCUUUUAAAAUAUCUGGCCAGAACUGAUCAAACAGCUUAAAUGAUCAAAACAACACAAAACUGAAAAGAAUUUCCAUGAUGCCUUUCUUUUCUGGUUCUUGGAGCUUUCGUGACUUGGGCAACUUUUUUAAUUGAUACUCCUUUUUUCACUCCUAGAUGUCAUUUUGGAGCUGUUAGCAUAGAUCUGACCACAAUCAAGCCUCUCUAAGGUUGAUUUGAGGUUGAUUUAAGUCUGUUUGUAUUGUUACUGUCACAUCAGAUUGACAGUUCCCUAGUAAGCACUGACCAGCUUGCCGAGAGGCUACAGAUGAUUGCACUCAUGCUGUGCUGUAUAAUGUUUGCACCCGUUGUUCUCGUUUGUGACUGUUUGUGUGUAUUUUUGUAUGUAUGUGUGGAUUUCAAUGUGGCCAAUACAUCCACCAUUGUAUCCUAGUGCAAUAUAACUUGAUUUAAAAAAAGAAAAAUGACAACCCUCCAAAAUACUGUAAACAUUUGCUAGUCUUGCAGAUACCAAAGAGGAGCUCCAACAUCCUGAGUGCUUGUUCAUUAACAGACACAUCUGUUUAUUAAAGUUUAUUCACUGGAGGCUCAGACUCAAAUGCUGCUGAUUUACUGUUUAAAAUCACUCAGAAAUUGCUCUGUCAACAGACACAUCUUCCAACAUAAUAUUAAAACCAUUUAAACACUAUUCUGUCCUUUUCAUUAUUUCACAUAAUGAUCUGUAAUGCCAAACCUCAUCACACAGAGU